UGCUCUAAUAUAUUACUGCCUCCGCAUCUUAUACUCGGCGGCCCAUCUCUCGUCAGCGGUUUGGUCAGGUGCCCUCCCCGCCAGGUCUGACGUCGACCAGGACCUCGAUCAGAUCCCGCCGUUGGGUGAAUCCCGCGACUGCCUAGUAACGGCACCAGCUUGCCUCGGCAUCGACAACUCCAAGCUAUCCACGAUGUCUAUGUUUUCGAUGAUCAAGCGGGGCCGGCAGGCUGCCAAGGAACACCGCGCAGAGCAGGCUAAGAAGGAAAAAGAGGAGUCGCAAAAGCCCCCCUACAAGCACGUACCAAAACAUGCCGCCAUUGACGCUAUGUCGGGCGGGCCGGGAGGUUGGAGGGAAAAUGACAGGGCCAGGAUCGUCGAACAGAACCGGCGACGCAGCGCCAUGACGGCUAGCGGUGUGGGCAUGAGCGGCAUGGCCACGCCCAUCCAUGCGGGUAUGCCUCGAGUCCACAGCUCACUCUCGCACGUUUCAUAUCCAUCCACCUACGCGAGCCCCGUUGUCCAGCUACCGCGAGGCUACAGCUACAGCAGCAUGCCUGCGGGCUGGACCCCGCAUGGACGGGAGAUGACCUACAGCCCAAUCGACGUGGGGAGCAUUUCGCCCAAAGGGAAGGAGGUUGAGAGGAUCGUCGAUUCAUCUCGGACGAGCCGGUCAUCGAGCAAAAUGUCGGCUGGCCGAAUCCCGCUCCCGCCUGCGGGUACACUUGGGGGUAUGGAUACUGCACCGUCGCCCGUCGAGAGCUCUGGUGAUUCUACCAGUUCCCAGGAUGAUUUGGAGAUGAAGCCGGCGAGUAGACACAGCGUUCCCACCCCCCUUCCGGCCGGCGCCGCAGCGAACGUCCCCAAGCCGGGUAGGCCUACAAGCGACACCGAAUCCAUCCACAGACUGCACCCCGGCCGGUCACGCAGAAUCUCGGACUCAAAUCAGUCCGUUUCCCGAAGCCCUCCCGGACCGCGCACAAGCUCCCUCGCGCCCGGUAUCCCUCCUGUCCCAGCGCUUCCACCCAUGCAGUUUGGCACUGCCAUCACGACGCCGGAGGUGUUCUCGUCUGCUGCAUCGAGCGCCAGCUCGGUCACAAUGGUUCCUGUUGGAUCGAGUGCAUCACUCUCUACCAAGACAGCUACGGUUCCAACGGUGUUGCAGGCCGAGGGGCUGGCGGCACCCCAGCAAGCCGAGAUUGGCAGAGCGGAAUCCUCCAGCGAAGAGGAGGUCGCCAUGGUCAACGCCCCGGCGGGGAUUCCGGUCGCCCCGACCGCCGUUUCCGGUUCCCCCACGAAGAAGGGACGAAGAACGUCCAAAAUGACGAGGUUCACCGAUCUUGCACCCAUCCAAUCGAACACCACCAUUACCAUGGAGAAGGAGGAAGAGAAGGGGCGCGCGGUCGUAAACGUGGCUGCUCUCCCGACGAGCUUUGAUGAAGCCGCUUUUGCCGCACCAAAGGAGAUCGUUGUCCCCGCGGCCGCACCCCCGUCCAAGCCGGGCAAGCUCUCCAAGAGCCCGGCUCCGGCUGGGAAACUGGUGAAAAAGACCCGCUGGUCGCUACGAAGCAGCAAGAGUACCGCGGUGGCCGUAUGAAGCCUCUAGCCUUCCGUCAUUCUCUUUGGGCAUGGUGUCAAUAUUUGGAUGCAUACUUGGCUACUAUUUCAUCUCCUUUGUUUUCUAGCGACAUCAGCCAUCAUGAGCACACCCGCGCAGGGGAGCAUCUGCGCUUGUCUAUUACUGCUAUCACCGGGCGUUGGUUAUUUUUGGGUCAUAAAGCGUUUGCUGUAUUUUUGGCUUCUGAUG